GGAAGCAAGUUAUUCUUAGUCCAAAUCAAAGUGCAAUCUCCCUCCAACAUAUAUAUGCAAUAUGAUGUAUGAUCCUUUCGCUAUCAUAUUCAUAUUAAUCACCAAACAAACUAAUUAAGGAUGGCUGACUGGGGCCCAGUGUUUGUGUCCUUGGUGCUCUUCAUUCUCCUAACACCCGGCCUGCUCUUUCAGCUGCCGGGGAGGGCAAGGUGCGUCGAGUUUGGCACCUUCCAGACAAGUGGCGCCGCCAUUAUCAUCCACACACUCAUCUACUUCGGUCUUAUUUGUGUCUUCUUGCUCGCUAUUAAGGUCCACUUGUACAUGGGCUAUUUAAAAUGGAAAGGAACCUCUAAUCAGCUGGCAAAUGUACUCACAUUCCAAUCUACCAAUAACAAUGAGACAUGUAGAGUUGGAAACAUUUUGGAAUUUUGUGGGUGUGAGAUGAAGAAGGCAUUGGAGGGUUUUGUAUAUUCGUUGCUUUGUGUGGGUGCUGCUACUUUCCUUUAUUGUCAUGCAUCUUAUUCCUUUCUUCCUUCCUUCAAUAACAUUGCAGCCUAUUUAAUAAGCAUAGACCACAGUCGUCACAUAGAGGGAGUUAGCAUCAGAUCAGAGAUGUCUGCAGAUUGGGGUCCAGUGGUGAUGGCAGUGGUGCUGUUCGUGCUGCUCAGCCCAGGGCUGCUGUUUCAGCUGCCGGCAAAGGGCAGGGUGGUGGAGUUUGGGAACAUGCAGACAAGUGGCAUCUCUAUAUUGAUUCACACCAUCAUCUUCUUUGUCCUCAUCACCAUCUUCCUCAUUGCCAUUGGUGUCCACAUCUAUUCCGGAUAAUCAUUCUAUUACUUCUAACAAGUAUUGUUUCAUGUCUGUAUUGCUUCUAUUCUAACAAGACAUUUUUUUUUUUCUCUCUGGAUUAUGUUGCCUGCCAAUCAAUAACACAGGUUCAUAUUUGACACA